AUGGCGCCUGAAUUGACCACUAAAGUUCGAUUGGUUAAAUGUCCUAAAUGCCGGCGGCUUCUUCCAGAGUUGCCAGAAUUUCAGGUCUACAAAUGUGGUGGAUGUGGUGCCACUCUCCAAGCAAAAAGUCGAACAAAUGGAACGAGAAGCAGGAGCUCUAGCUUGAAUAAGACUAUGGCAGCUCAGAAGAUUGGACUGGAUCACGUUUCUGGAGAUAGAGAAUCCAACAGUUCAAGUCGCAAUGCAACUCUUUCUGACUCGGGAGAAUGCUCUUCAGACCACAACAAUGAGAGGGAUCAGAGUAAGUUUUUAGAGCGCUACGAAUCUAGCAGCGACAGUGAUAAGCUUACUUUUCCCAACUUGGGAGAAUGCGUUUCUGACCGAAACAAUGAGAAGAAUGAAGAUAAGUAUUCUGAGGAUAAGGAAUCUAGCAGCUCAAGUCAUAAUGUAACUCUUCCAGACUCAGAAGAAUGUUCUUCAGAGCAAAAAAAUGAGAGUGAUAAGAGAAAAUCUUCAGAAGGCGAUGAAUCUAGCAGUGAAAGUUCUCCCAAGGCUACUUUUCUUGACUUGGGAGAAUACUUUCCGGACCAAAACAAGGAGAAGAGUACAGAUACAUCUUCCGAAGGCAAAGAAUCUAGCAGCUCAAGUCAUAAUGCAAGUAUUUCGGACUCAGGAGAAUGCUCUUCAGACCAAAGCAAUGACAGGGAUCAGAGUAUAUCUUCAGAAAGCAAUAAAUCUAGCAGCUCGAGUCCUAAGGCUAAUUUUCCCGACUCAGGAGAAUGCUUUUUGGACCAAAACAAUGAGAAGAGUGAAGAUAAGUCUUCCGAAAACAAAGAACCUAGCUCAAGUCAUAAUGCGUGUCUUUCAGACUCAGGAGAAUGCUUUUCAGACCAAAACAAUGAGAGGAAUCAGAGCAAAUCUUCAGAAGGCAAUGAAUCUGGCAGCUCAAGUCCUAAGGCUAAUUUUCCUGACUCAGGAGAAUCUUUUUCAGACCAAAAAAAUGAGAGAGAUCAGAGGAAGUCUUCAGAGGGCAAUGUAUUUGGCAGAUUAAGUCCAAAGGCUACUUUCCCUGACUCGGCAGAAUGCUUCUCAGAGCAAAACAAUGAGAAGAGUGAAGAUAAGUCUUCGGAAGACAAAGAAUUUGGCAGCUCAAGUCAUAAUGCUGUUCUUCCAGACACAGGAGAAUGGACCUCAAAUCCAACCAAUGGGAGGUAUCCUGAUACGUCUUCUGAAAACCGUGAUCAUAAGCAGCUCGGAGAUGCAAACUUACCAAACGAAGAACACAACAAUCAGAGUGAUCUAAAUGAUUCUCGUGAUUUUGAUAGUCAGCAACAUCAACUUGAAGUUUCCAAUGAAAUCUGUUCAUCAACUGAGCAUGCUCAUAAUGAAGUUAAGGAGUCAUUACCAAUAACACAAGCAGGUUCAGCAGUAUCAAUGAAUGAUGAGAGUUUAGCUUUAUCAGAAAAAAAUGUGGAAAUAGGCAUCAACAAAGAUAUUGACUCUGCUGUCAGGAGCUCAACUACUGUCAAUCCAGAGGCUACAAGGGGAAGUAGUUCAAUAGUUACUGUGCAUAUGCCUGCAAGGGAAAUCGUAUCAUCAGAUUCCCUUAGAUCUUCUCCUAAUAAACAACUGGAGGAACCUCAGAAUCGUGUUCCGAAUGGCUUUGAUCAUGUAAGGUCUCCUGAUACAUUUGAAAAUACAGAGUUCAACCCCAGCUCUGAGUUUAGUGGUGCACCUAGAGAUAUGUCAAAGUCCCCAGCACAUAGAAGCCAUCAUGCUUAUGAUGGCAGUGUUUCUUCUUAUGAUGGCGUGGAUGACCAAUUCUUCAACCGAAAUAUACAUUCAAACUUUUUCCGUUCUGAAGAAAGACCCAGAAGGGAUAAAUUCCUGGCGAAAAACAUGAUGAAUAGAGAUUCAGGAUUUCAACCUCAAGCAAGGGAUUCCUGGUCAAGUUUUUCGGAUAAGAACAAUCGUGCCAUGAAAAACAGAAAGUGGGAUGAUGAUGAAUUACUGCAGCCUAGAAGACAAGGCCAUCCAAGUCGAGAGUGGAACAGAUUACAGACUGAUGAAUAUAUGUCUAGGGUGCCUUUCCCUAGAAGACUUUCCCAAGGUGGAUAUGCAAAAGGAGGCCCUAUAACUCAAUUUCAUGAUGAGUACCAACGCAACUCAGGCUAUCAAUCAUCUGAGCAGUCCGUGGGAGCUGAACAGGACAAGAUGACACUGUUGAGAAUGGUCUAUGAACUGCAGGAUCAAGUUAACAAUUUGAAUGGGAAGGCAAGUGGAAGGGUUGCCGGAGGAGCCACUUGGAAGGAAAAUCAUAUUCCGCGUAUUCCGCGGCACAGCAGUUAUGAGGCAUCUCAGGAGGAACUCUUUCAUGACCAAAACUAUCAAAGGUAUCUAAGAAGACACAGGGCAGGAAGCCACUAUCCGCCCCAGCACCGCAAAUUUAUGCAUGUACCUUACUCCAGUGAGGCAACAACUAGCAGACACCAAGUUGAUCCCUCCUAUUUGCAUCGUGGUCCCCAAGACUGGCAGUGCUCAGCACCAUUGCCUCUUCCUGUUCGCUGCAACAACAAUGGGUUAUGCAGGGUCCACCCUGACCACAGUUGCUGGACAUCCUUUGAUAAGUCUAGUGCCUCAAGUCCCGAACGGUAUGUGGAACCUGACUUGCCCCUUUGGGGCCGUGAAACAAGGUCUGAUGAUCUGAGGCACACAAGGCAUGAUGUGAAUAAGUUUUUUAGGGAGAAACAUCAUUUGGCUAAGCGACAUUUCCGCCCCAUAGCAGGUGGAGCCCCUAUCAUAACUUGUUAUAACUGCCUAAAACCGCUGCAGAUACCUGCAGAUUUUCUCCUUUUCAAAAGGAGAUGCCAUAAACUUAGAUGUGGUGCUUGUUCAGAGGUGCUUAAGUUUUCCCUCCUAAAGAGAUCUCAUAUUGUCCCAUAUGAACAGAAUGCUAUAGCCCCUCCACCAAGCGAGGUUGGAGACUAUAAUUCCGCUGCUAAUGGGAGUAACUUGGCUUCAGCACCCCAACCAUUUGAUUCUCAAGAUGCGGAUCCUGUGUCAUGUUCUGAUGAUUAUGGUUAUGGGCUCUCUUACAGGGCCAGUUACUCUACUGAUGGUGAUCCUGGAACUUUGGCACCCUCUAACUCUCUCCGAGGUAAUUCAGAUGACAGAAACAUGUCACAUACUUCAUUGGUUCCAAAGCGUGAGACAAAGGAGCUUGGUUUGAAAGAGUCUCAGAACAAAGGUAAGUAUCCAAUGGAAACAUUUGUGUCAGCAAGACCGUCCUUAUCCUCAGAAAUUGAGGAGGUGCCACCAAAGUCAACUUCACCACUUCAUCGACUCAUGGGUUACUCUUCGCCAAGCCAAGUAAUGAGAGGCUCUCGAUCAUCUCUCACAGGGACAAGCUCAUACUCAAAGCAGAGAUAA